AUGAGCCAGACAGUUGUUUGCCAAGCAGAAGUUGAAACGCUCCCGAUUUUGGACCACGACCGACCGCUUGAACGCUCCGAUUCUCAUUAUGGCACAUUCAGCGGCCACUUGGUAGGCGACCAACAGUACUUCUUGAACCCAGGUCCCCCAGACCUUGACGCUCAUACAAUCGACUCAAGCCGAGGAGAAAGCGGCUCGAUCGAUUUAGCCAUAGACUCAGGCCUUCGGGUUGGGAACAUCUUCAUCGAUGACAAAGUUUUAUAUCUUCUUGGAGCUUGUAUGGGUGUUUUUGCUGUAGGCCUAAACGAUACAGCCACCGGAGCCAAUCUCCCUUCAAUACAGGAACAUUAUGACUUGCCUUACGCUAUCGUAUCGCUUGUCUUCCUUGCUGGAUUUGGAGGCUACCUGAUUUCGUGCAUGCUUAAUUCCGUGCUUCAGAAUGCUAUUGGGACACGUUCUGUGUUGCUUGUGAGCCCGUGA